CGCCGAUUCGCCACAACGUCAGGAGGCGGCAGUAUUGAAGGCGAACGCGGAAUGGACCAGGUCGCCAACCAAAAAAAAGAGCUGGUCGCUGGGUGUGGUAGGGUAUACGUAUAAAUACGACGUAGGCCGCGGGGAGCAGGAUAGGCAUACUCAACAACAUACCAUCGACAGCUCAGACCACACAAUGACUAUCUGGCUCAUCACUGGCGCGUCCACCGGCCUUGGUCGCGCACUCACCGAGAUCGUCCUUGAGAACGGCGACACUGCGAUUGCGACCGCCCGCCGUCCCGAAACCUUGUCCGACCUCAUCGCCAAGUAUCCCGCCAGUCGUCUCUUGACCCUCAAACUGGACGUCAGCAGACCGCAAGAGAUUGUCGACGUCUUCAAUGCCGCUAAGGAGAAGUUCGGCCGCAUUGACGUCGUCGCGAAUAAUGCUGGACGAGGCGCGUUUGGAGAAGUCGAGGCCAUAGAUGAUGCAGAUGCGCGCGACGUGAUGGAGAUCAACUUUUGGGCAGCAGCGAACGUCUCGCGCGAGGCCGUGAAGUUCUUCCGCGAGGUCAACCCAGCGGGAGUAGGCGGAAGGCUUCUCCAGGUGGGUUCUGCCGGAGGAUUGCAAGGCUUUGGAGCAAUGGCGUACUAUUCAGCGAGCAAGUUCGCAUUGGAGGGAUUUAGCGAAGGGCUCGCGAGCGAAAUCGAUCCCGCAUGGAACAUCAAGAUAACGAUCAUCGAGCCAGGAGGUUUCGACACUCCAGGCAUCGGGAAGACAGCGUGGGCACCCGCUCAUCCCGCAUACAGUAAGAAGGAGCUUCCCGGAAAUUUCUUUAGGAGCAUCUUGAAGGAGUUACGGCCCCAAGGCGAUCCGCGGAAGGGGAUGGAGGUCGUGUACAAGCUCGCGACCCUGGAGGAUCCCCCUCUCCACUUCCCACUUGGCAAGGAUGCAGUGGAUUUAGUGAGAAAGAAGACUGCGACGCUAUUGGCAGAUACGGAGAAAUACGAGUCGUGGAACGAGGGGUUGGAAAAGAGCGCGUAAUUCGAACUGGCCUACAGUGUGGGAUUUGUAGAUUCGGAGGAGAUCAAGUACUGGAACAAC